GGCGAAGCAUGUGAUUUGGCGGGUUCCUCAUCGAAAAAUGUGCAAAUAAAGUGCUUUUGAGGACACGAAAAGCUAAACAUCCAUGAUGGAGAGUCUUGAUUCGUCAAAGAAGGCACGGCCGUCAUUGUUUGAGUCGUUCAACGUCCAAGACAGCGACUCAUCUGGAGGGAAGGCAUCACCGACCCCCCUCAAACAAAUCAACUGGGACAAGUUGUCUGUCUUGUUAAAACCUAAUGCUUGCAAUGGUGACAUUUCAAAUAAGACACAAAAGUCAGAAAAAGAAUCUGUUGCCAUUGAUAUCGAUGACAGUGCUUCUGAGAACUCAAAUAGUGGACAUAAUAGUGGGUCUUGCAUUGUUGGACAAUCUGGUUAUCACACUGGUGAUCGGUCCGAGGCUCACUCCCUUGGUGACCAUGACAAUACGAUUGGUUCCUUUAAUCACACUUCAGGGACCAUCUCAAAGGCGCGUAAGCUCACGCAGGGAAAAAUAGAUGGCUUUUUCCAGAAAUCGCCACCUCCGGUUCGCAGUUCAGAAAAAACUUCUUUUCAUUCACAGUCUGUCUCCGGUGAGAGUUCAAAAUUGUCACAAAAUGGCCAGAUAAAGUCGAGUGAACAAAGAACUGAAUCAGAAAAGUCGAGGUCUGAAAAAAGUCACCAUUGGGAGAGCAGCAAAUCUGGGCAUCAUAAAAAGGAGAGGUCACAUAGUCAUAGUUCAUCGAAGAGGCAUGAUUCAGAAAAAAGUUCCAAGUCUUCUGGCGAGAAACAUUCAUCCUCACACAAGAGUAGUCAUCAUAGGCAUACGAAAAGUACUGGCAGUCAUUCUGUUUCAAGUCGGAACAAUGAAAUAAAAAAGACUGAAGGACAGGACUUGCGAACCUUUAAUAUGUUUGAAGUGACCACUAUGAGUCUAGCUAAGCGUCUAAAACAGGGUGAUUCGGACAAGGUGAGCCCUGCGAAAAAAUCUCAUACUGCAGUCUCGGCAGGUGAAAAGUUAUCGAAAGAUAAACUUUCAAAAACUGAAGAUGUAAGGAAAGAUAAAGUUACUGAGAAAGACAUCAAACAUAGUAGCUCACAUGAAAAGAGUAGACAUAAGUCUCAUGAAAAAAGUUCGAACUCCACGAAAGAACAUGCUAAAGUUAUAGAGGGCAACCACAGAACUCCAGAGAAGGGUCGUCAUUCUUUUAAACCUAAGAGCAGCCAGGAUUCUCCAAAUGAGAAAACACCAUCAAAAAUCGGGUCUCAUUCCAAGGACCGGGGACAUUCAGAGGAAAAACGCACUCAGAACUCCACGAAUGAACAUGCUAAAGUUAUAGAGGGCAACCACAAAACUCCAGAGAAGAGUCGUCAUUCUUUUAAACCUUCUAAGAGCAGCCAGGGUUCUCCAAAUGAGAAAACACCAUCAAAAAUCGGGUCUCAUUCUAAGGACCGGGGACAUUCGGAGGAGAAACGCACUCCUCAGAAACACCACACUCCUCAGAAACCCCCUACAUCUCAGAAUGACCACAGUUCUGUGAAGAAAGAUCACAAGGGUGACCACCGGCAGUCAUCCAGUUGUCGGGUCAUUACUCCAGAAAUGAUCUAUAGCCAGGUUUAUGGUUCAGAUGUCUCCGCACCUAAAGUAAGCAACACUCUAAAACCAAGUUCUAAAACUUCACUUCCUAAGGUUGAGCACAAAGCCAGUGAAAAGGGUCACAGAGAACAUUCAAAGGACAAGUCGGCGAGUCAUGAUAUCAUUCCAAAGAAAGUUCUUGAAAAUAGAGCUCAUGAUUAUUGGACGUCGAAAAAGGUCCAACCUGACUCUGAUUAUUGGACCCCGAAAAAUGUCCAGUCGGACAAAGGUGAAUCGUCACAAAUCUUAGGAAAACAUUUCUACAAGUCGGAUAGAAAUGAGGGACUUAAUGCCAGAGAAGGAAACAGCUCGAAGUCUCACAAGAAGAAAACUGAUUUGGUUGAUAUUUUCAACAUGUUAAUGGAUCCCAGCGAUAGUGAAAGUGUGCCUUCCAAGUCAGUUUUGAAAAACGUUGCUCAGGUUCCAAAUAAAAGCCCUCAAGUCAAAACGGACAAUUUGAAAGUCUCCAAUAAGAAUGUGUUUGCAACUAUGGCCAAUUUUUCAACAGGCGAAGCAGGUGAUAAGGCUGGUCUUGAUGAUUAUACUCCUGUCAGUUGCUCUCCUAAUAACUCAAAAGAUUCUCAAGACAUUUCUGAAUCUGCUGCUGCUUGUUCCACGCCGGUAGCUUAUGAGCUAAAAAAGGUCUCUGAUAUUACCAGUGUUGAUAGCAUAAGUGCUCUAUGGACAGACAGUGGGACUACCAACCUCAGGGUUCCAGAUUGUCAGGCAAAGUCUCAAGAUAGCAUCGAAGAGGAGACCAGUGUUCUUCCUUCUAUCCCCAUACUGGCGGAAAUUGGGUCAGAUUCCUGGAAUACUGGUGGAUCAAAGAUGCAUCAAGAUAAGACAAUAGCCGGUGAAUUAGACUUAGAAACAAAUGUAUGCAGGUCAAAGUCAGAUAGCCUGGAGGAGGAAAAACCUGAGAGCAAAACAGGUAGUCCAAAUUUGUCUCCUAAUCCUGAGGAAGAAGUUUGUAAUUUUGUCUCUCCUUCUGUGUUGCGGGUUCCUGUCCAGGAACAUGGUGACAUCUCUGCCUCUGUGUCACCUGCUCCUGGUGAGAAACUUGGUGACAUGGUUGCCCCAGUGCCAGCAGCUCAUGUUGGGGAUCUUGGUGGCGUGUCUGGCUCUGUGCCUGUUUUAAACUCCUGCUCAAGUGAUUUAACAGUCGAUGACCAAUCAACAAGAUCUCAGACAGCUAGUGCAGGCAAUGAGCAGGCCACUGUUGAAUCGGACAUUGUCAGUCUUGGCGGUUCAUCAGUGUUUGAUGAUACAGCGUCCAGUUGUGUUAGAGUGGAUGAAACCUCGGAAAUGAACUACGAAACCUACUUGACAAUGAUAAGCGAUCCAAGUGAUAGGGAUGAUAAAAGCUCUGUUAGUGGUUUUUCUGUAAGGACUACAACAAGCACUGAUAUGUCAAGUUCUAUAAUUUUCAAGGACAUUUCUAAUGAUGCAGUUCCUGACAUGUCUGCUGUUGCAACCCAAUCUAAGACUGUUAUACCUAUGCAGAAAGUUACUGAGACAGGUUUGACAGAUGACAAAGAUUCUAUUGGCUCAGAUAGUCCAGUGGAUCAUGAGGAAAACGAUGAGGUAAAAUCUGCUGAUGGUGCUUUCAAUGUUGGCAAGGUGAUACUCGUAGAUGAUGACACUGUUCCGUUUGGAGAUGAAGUGUGCCCCGUAGGCAAGGCGUGCGAACUUGUGACAUCAUUUAGCUCCCUAAAAAAUCUCGGUAUUGACCAUGAGGAGAGCUCAUUACAUUUGCAUUUGUCAUCUGAGGACUCCCUAGAUUCUGUGUCUGGUGAGAUCCACUGUUCAGCUACUAUUGAAGAUAUUUCUUUCCCGGUGCGGGUUGGUGCAUCUCCUGAAGUUUAUGCAGACGCAUUUGUAGAAAAUGAGGAAGAGAACUUGGAGCAGGAUCAGUUGAAUUGUUCAAAUGAAUCUGUCAUUGUCAAUUGUGUCAUUGAGGGAAAUGAGGUCAAGGGAUGUGUCGAAGAGGUUGACCUGGUCUGCGUUCAGGGAGAGGAAGGCCCUAUACUAGUCGUGGAGGAACAGGACAAGACUUCGAUGAAAAGUACAGUGGUUGUUGAGGAAGAUAGCGUUCUUUCGUCGAAUAUUUCUGCUGGGGACUUUACUAUGGCUGGUGUGAUUGAAGCAGAAGAAUACGAUGCUGAAAGCGUUGACGAUCUUAUGUCGGAAAUUGACAACGUUUUGAUGGAAAUUGGGGAAACAGGACAGGAAAGUCGGGAUCAAACGCCAAACCGGCUUGAGGUCCCUUUGGAAGGGCUUUGGUCUGAUCAGCCACCAAAGUCUUUUGAAGAACCAUGCGAUGAACAAAGAGUUGGCAAUGUGCCAAGUGUGUCGUCUGCUCCCUCUAAAAAAACCGACAAGACCAUUUCCUUGAUUGAAAAGACACUGCAUGAUUCUUGCAAAUCUCCAUUACAAAUUCCCAUUGCUUCAGAAGCUGAAGCUGUCUCUGAACUAAAACCUAGCAUUUUGCGACAAGAAGCCGCCCUGAAUGAGUCUGAUGUUGAUAAAAAAGAUGCAGCAGAGAUUUCAAAAACUUCCAUGUCAUUGGAGUCUUCUUCGUCUGAAGAGGAAGAAGAGAUUACGCCAAGGCAAACCCGAUCACGUACCAGGACAUCUGAUAGCCAAUCGGAAUUCUCAUCACCCGCACCAAGAAUUCCCAAAUUAAGGCGCAGUUUCAAAGCUGGUGAUAAAUGUGGGCUGUUGGCUGCAGUUGAGACUGUUGCAAAGGAAAGUUCUAAAGAUAAAAAGGUUACUAAAUUACAGAUGGUUCCCAAAGAGGCUGUUGGCAUGAAAAGACCAGCAAAUAGACCUGUUAUUCCCAGGGAUAUUGAUUUUGAGAGCGAGUCUGAACCAGGGAUAAUAGAGAAAGACAGUUGUAAGAUUGCCUCUCAUUUACAAGGAGACCUAACAAACAGUGCCUCCGAUACUGGUGAACUGGUCAGGAAGUCCAGUCGCAAACGGAAAGUGAAGUCGAUGGGUGAUGACGUUAUUGUGUUUGCUGAAGCUGGGACCAUGAAAAGUGACUUUUAUACCCAGGCUCAUGAAUAUUUUCCGAAAAGGGUACCAGAUGUAGAAGCAUCUGUAACCAAAGAAACUGGUAGUGCAAAACCAGCCAAAUCUAAUCUGCCAGCUUCCAAAACAAACUCAGUUGAAACAGCAAAAGAAAAAGGUAAGAAAACUGACAAAGCCAGUGAGAAAGACAGUUCCCAUGAACCCGUUCGAAGACUAAGGUCCCCUGCCAAAGCUGAAAUGCAUAGUACAGUGAAGGAGCUGAGAAGAGGCUUACCUUCAAGUCCGGGAAAGUUUUCAAAAGACCAACGGAAAUCUUUAGGGUUUAUCAAACGUGUUGCGGGAAAGGAAAGUCUUUCAUCUAAUAAGCGAAGGUCAGUGGACACCAAAGUUGCACGGAGGGCUAGUGAUAGUGAUAAGAAGAGAGGUCGGACGGUGUCUUGUGAUGAUCGAAAGAUAAAAUUGUCCAGUUCUAUAUCAAAAUCGAAUGCCAUACCAUCGCGUAAACGAAAUAGAAGUGAUGAACUAUCUAAGAAAAGGUCCAGUGAAUCUAAUGUGAAACGGGGUAGAGGUCGACCAAAAAAGGACGUCGUGGGGUUGAAAGUUCAAAACGUCAAGAAAUCAGUCGAAGAUGCUAAAAAACUCAAGCAGUCAGAUUCCAGUGAUAUGUCGGACAAUAGUGAUGAGGAGAUAGUGGAUGAUGAUGAUGAAUUUGCUGCAGGGUCUGAGUCUGAUUCUGAAGAGAUAACAGAUUCUGAGUUGGAAAAGACCUCAGAUAGCGAUUCAUUUGCUGGUCCAGGUCGAAGGAAGAAAGCUGGGAAAUAUUCGUAUAAAAAGGACGAUGAUUACAGACCUGCCAAUGUUGGCAGUGGGGCAAGAAAAAGGGGGCGCCCGAGAAAAUGUGUGUUCAGGCCUGGUAACGACAGUGAGCGCGACAGUAGUGAGGAGUUCCAAUCAAGUGCGUGUCGGCCUCUCAAGAGAAAAAUGCAUAUUUUAUCGCCAGUUUCUAAAAUAGCAAAGACGUCUAGAAAAACUGAUGCUUUAACGGCUGCGGAGGCUGCUGCGGCCAAACAGAAAGCAGAGAAAGAGCAAAUGAAAAAUAGGCAUAGGAAUCUCGUUAAGAGAGCAAUCAGUACACAGAAUCAUCAUAAGUUGAAAAUGAAACCGUUCAAGCGAAAACAAGUUCGUGCCAUUUUAGUUGGGGAGAGAAAAAGGCUUGAACGAGGUGCUAAAAACCGUGUCUCCAUGUACUAUUCUGAUGGUAUGGAGGACAUGGCAUCCGACUACAGUGAGGGUGAAUCUAGCUCAAGUUCUGAUGAUUAUCUCAAAGACAUCUACAGUUUGUUUGGGGGAGAUCAGGCGGACAGAGCUUCCGCAGACGGCAGUGAUCAGGAAUUGGAUAGCACUGUUGUACAGAAUCCAUUGAAUAUUCCAUACUACCCUGAAAUACGAGAGGCAGCUCUUAGGGGUGUGCAGAAUAAUAACUGCCUACUUGUGUUCAAUGACGAUACACAUUGGAAUGAUGUCGCUGAGGAAAUGCCGAGUAGAUGUGCUUCGAUUUGUGACAAGUUCACUGGGGCUGUUGUGACGAGUAUUCAGUAUCAGUUCAGGGAUGAUGAGUGCUCUGGUUACGAUAGCAAUGAACCAGAAGUGAAACGGACUAGAAAAUCAAAGAGGAAUGAUACAACAUCUCCUUCUUCAAAACCUCGGCUAAAAAAGAAAUAUGUGCACAAUGAAACCAAAAACUUUGACAGAACACCGGUUAAAUUGACCAGGAGGGAAAAAGCUCGGACUAUUGAAGAAAAACAGGAUCAUGUGCAGACAAAUUCUAAACAUGUACCAAGUAUUGCCUCAGACUUGGAGAGUACCCCGAUCAAAGUUAAUAAUGGAUCUGAGUCCAGGAAUGAUACCCCUGGCAGUGACUCGUCAGUUGUGAUCAUCAACAGCGACAACUCACAGUCUCCACGGAAGAAAGAUUUGAUGAAAGAUAGGAAGGGUGUUCUCGGUUUAUAUGAGGAGUUUAUGUCCAUGCUUCAUAAGGAGAAGAAACGAGAUGAGGAUGAAAGCGAAGUUGUCUGUCUCGAUGGAACGGAGUGUGAUAAACAGGACAGGAAUGAUACAUCUGAACAGGAUGAAGGUUCUGUGUUAGCCCACAAUGCAACAAUUCAUAAAUCUGUCCAAUUGACUAGCAGGGAGGUGGGAAAGGAGACAGGUUCUACUGCCCCUUUGCCGAAUGGGAAACCAGGAUCUGAACCGAUGGACUGCGAUAGCCUUGUUGGUGCAAAUGAUGAAAAUGAAAACAUAAGCAAAAGUAGCACAGGUGUGAAAGUCAUGAAAAGGAUUGUCAAAUUCUCUGCUAGUCGUGAGCUGACCAAAUCAUUUGGUCCAGAUAAAGAACAAACUAGUGGAGAUGUGAUUUCGAAUAGUUGCAAGUCUGUCAGGGUCAGUAAGCUUGAUGUUCCUGCCGAAGAAACGGAGGAAAUAAACAAAAAUUCUGCAGAUAGUGCGAGGGGCACUCUCACUAGUGUUCGGCAUCGGGACUCAAACAAUCCAUCGGCUUGUGAACAAGGCACAACUGUUAGUGAUAAAGAGACGAAUGAUGCAAUUUCUGUUGAAAAAGCUACGGAUUUUGACGAUGGGGACAAAAAAGAAGCAAAUGUAUCUGAAUCGAUAACAGUGACCCAUGUUUCUGAACCUAACAAACUUGUGACCGCUGCUAAUGAUGAGGACACUUAUAUUCUUGUCGACUGUGAUGGAGAAUUUGUGCUGGAUGAAAAAACAAACAUAAUGGACCUUACGGGCGAAAGUGACGUCGCUUUCUUAGAGAGCAAUGCGAGCGUGUUGAGCAUGGAAGAAUCAUCAUCCACAGCUGAUGAUCCAUUGGUACGUGAGCUGGUUGAAGCUAUCAACUUGGAUCACAACUACGUCAAGAAGAGGGCGAUCAAUCAGGUGUGGAUCCGAGAGGAAGAUUACAAAGCAGGGCUGUUCAAUGCGGCAGUGAAUUUACAGGACAUUGGUCCAUUGCUGUCCUUCUCCAAUGAAGUUGGUGCUUUUGUUGAUAACGAGACCCGUUUGACGUUUAACGUGCAAGAACGGAUCCCACCAAAGCAGGUAUCUAUCCUCGCUGGUCGUUGUGGCUUCAAAAAUUUUAGAGACUCUGGCGAUAAAUUGCUUAAGACGAAGAUGAGCCAAAUGCCGACUGCCAGUGAUCUUGAUGCCAUUCACAACUACCACAAGCCACCUUCCCAAUCAUGACCAGAUGUCAGCUAGUGCAGUGCUAAUAUUCAAACUGACAGCUUUUGCCUAUUUUUACUUAUUAGUGUUCAGAUGUCAGGCCUGGGUGUGGCUUUGUGCAGUUUUGUUUGAUAUAAAAUUUGUUGCUGAGCUUUGAUACUGAGGGAAGGGUACGAUAAUUGAGCUGUGGGAGAUCCUGGAAGGAACCUAGUCUAAAAGAAUGGCUUUGGAAACCAAUCUCUUACUUACCAAAUUGGUAGAAUAGAGAAACCCUCUCUAUUAUUUCUCGAGGAGUUCAAAUCACUUCAGCCUUCGAUAGUGGAACAAGGUAUACAUGUCUACCUCAAACUCCAAAAACAUCUGUAGCAGUAAUUUUUUCCUAAGACUUCUUAGUGACGUAUGCAUAUGAUGAGAUAGAGGGUUUGAACUGUAUGAUUACUUUCUGUGAAAGUGCUGUAAAUUUUAGUGAGGAAGCAGUUUGAAGAAGGUGUCAAAUUCUGUGCAGCAAUCAAUAUCAUUGACCCACUGCCUCCGACAAUUGUACUUUUUUUGUGCCGAUGUACACUUUUAUAUAUGUUAUUUUAAGUUUGGUGAAUACUUACAUCUCUCUUUAGUCUUUUUGUUCUGUGAGAAAAGGUUGUAAAACUGUUUGUUCCAUAGCUUCUGGUGCACUAAAAGUUGAUAAAGUUGCGACGGGGACAAUAAAUCGUUCGCCUCAUAGCAUAAUUGCCUAAGUCAUAUUUUGGCCAAAAUGUGAACAUUUUAUGUCUGUGUCACUUUUCUGUGUUAUUCAAGCAUUGUUUACUUAUUUAAUGGUUUUAAAAAUGUUGAGACAUCUGUUAUAAGUUUUUGUUAAAGUUCGAAUUAAAAUUUCCUAAGCGUUGUCUAAAAAAAUGGUUCUUUAAUUUUUCUCAAAACCUUCAAAAUUAAUAUGAGUUAGGCAAUUAUGCUAUGAGGCUAACGAAAUUCAUUACAUGGACCUGCUGAGGCAAAAGACAGUAACUAGUAACUCCAUUGGGCAGUUUUAGUCAGUCAAACCACAGCUCAGAAUAAUCAAGAGGUUCAGAUGAGUGUGAUUUUAUCAUGAUCUCAUUUGAACAAAAUCUCACCUUAUACUGCCUUUUGCCUUAGUAGGGCAGUGAGGUUAUUAAGCAGCUAUUGUUCAGUCAUAGAGGUUAUGUUGUGAAUCAGUAUCUUGUGAUGCUAUCUUCUUGAGGCAGGAUGUAUGAUCUGCCCUACUUAAAGAUGUAAACAAGUUGUAUUUGGUACAGGAGCACUUAUUCUUGGAACAGGUUCAGUUCAUGGCUCUUGUUGACAUGUUUCAAGAUGCUGUAUUGUUGGGGCGAUCUCAGAAAUCCUGUGCUGCACACUAGCAGGCAACAAUUUAUAUGUGACGUCUUUUUGUGAACAAAGGUAUUUGUCAUGAACAAAGAGUGAUGGAGGCCUACUAAAGCUUGAUUGUAUUGAUAGCAUGUAAAAUGAAACUGCUUUAUAAAGUACAUGUUCAUUGUAUGAUUGUAUUCAAAAAUAAGUUAAAGCUUGUGCACUCGCUCAUCUGUUGCCAUAUAUGACUAGCUUUAUUUGCCGAGUUCCUCGGAUCGGCAGCGUAGAAGAAGUGCUGCCUGCAGACAUGACAGAUUCUGACCAGCAAAGCACAAGGAGGCGGCUUGUGCAGACAUAGGUAAUUUCUUGUAUGUUCAAUUUUGUGUCAUAUGUACAUAGACAUGUACAGAUUUCCAUGCCUAGGACCUGGGCUAUAUAACUUUGGUAUGCGAUGGUAUGAAUGGUCUGAUGAUAAAGUAUCAAAAUCAUGUAUCCAUGUAUGUACAUUCUGUUUGAUUUGCCAUUUUUGCAUUUGUAAUUGACCAUUUUGAAAGGACCAGUGUCUUGAGAUAAUGCGAGUCAGCAGUUGUAAUAAUCUUUGCCAUUGCCAAUUGUUGUGAUGAAGGUGCCACAGAUAUUCCUCCAAAUAUGUGCACAGACUUUUGUGCACAUUUUCUGAUACAUCACAGGACCACUUUCUAUACAGGAACUCUUUCAAUUAUGAGUGCCAGAUCAGCAUUAUCACAUGACACUCCUUCUUUAAGGGACAUAGUCAAGCCUAUGAGAUCAGCUAAAGUACUGGUGCACUAUAGGAAAUGUUCAAUAUCAAAAUGUUCACUCUCUUGUACAUCUUUGCAGUUCAGGGGAGGGGUGUGUGGAUUUGUUGUCAUUGGGCGUAAAUCUAUUUCUCAGUUAUUUUUGUAACGAACCGCUUAUGAUUAAACUCUGCACCUUUAAUGUUCACCUUUUUGGUCCCUCUUUUGAAAUUAAUGCUUCAAAUCGUUGCAACCAGGGUAAAAGUGCGAAUGGUAGGUGUUCACAAAACAAUGUUACAGUGAGUGAUUAUUUUAGUCAUAUAAAGCAUUUAUUUUCUGUAAACACCUGUAGAAUCAUUAGUACAGGUCAUAUUUACUGUUGGUGGACUUGAAAUUUGUAGUUAACAGUUUUAGUCAAUAUCUCGCUAAUGUCCUUUACUGCAAUCGUUAUUUGCCGAUCUUUUAUCAAUACCACCAUGAAAGAAAAGUAAUCAUUCACUUUGAAAGGCUGUUCAGUAAUGUGAUUGCUGUCUCAUUUAUUAUCAUUGGUUAAAUUUGAUUUUAAGUUUCAUUUUAUUUGUUGGCAAUUUGUCAUUGUUGUAAAUGGUCUGGCUUGAAAAUUUUGUCUGAUUUGAAAAUCCGAACUAAAAAGCUUUGUUCAGUAUCAAAAUUAUGUAAAGGUACAUUGCAUCUACUGUGCGCUGGGAAAUGUUCUAAAAGUUAAAAGUCACUGAAUGGAUGGCAGACCAUAUUCUACCUCUGCUCCCAGAGUUGGCGAGUUUAAGUUUUGCCUUUACCUCUCAAUAGGACAAAUUUGUUUUAUGUUUGCUAAAGAUCAAAAUCGUUACGGAUACCUUUAUGAAAUACUCAUUGUUAAAUACCUUCUGUGGUUUCAACUGUGAAACAUGAUUUGAACAGACUGAACCAGUCGAACAAUUCUGCUCCUCGUUUGGGUGGCAUUAAAAGUGUUGUGGCUCUACUCAAAGUCUACAUGCAUUUGCAGUUGAUGCAAAGGCUGCUUCAAAUCAAAUCAAGUCAAUAAUCACUGACAUCACAGAUGAGCUGGGGCAAUAUUUUCUCUGUUCAGCUGUUCCCCAAGCACAAUGUAAAAGCAUUUUAUUCAGUUGUCGCUAUUGUUAACUGUAGUUGUUGUGGAUUUUGAUGGACAUCAUAAUCCACCUUCCAAUGAAUUCCCAAUCAUGUUCGGCGUUGACUAAUCACAACUGUUAGAAUCUUGACACCCAAGGCUUUGACAUGAUUUGUUAUACUCAGGUUAGCUCUGUGUUUUUAAAAGAUAUCGGCCAGAACUCACUUUUAUGUCUGGAGCCCAUCCCACAGUUUCUAUUCUAAUUGAAUCUUGCAGCCAAGUCAUCCACCCAAACUAGCCACCCACUUCUAUGUGUAAGCCAAAGAAAUUGUGAAUGGUAAAGCCAAACCUGUUUAAGAAUGAAAUACAGUGGUCUGGGAGUCAGGAUUAACUCUUAUAGAAUCUGUCCUAGAGGCAGUUUAAACCUUACUGUUUUGACAGUUGUGAUUGGUGCCACUUUCUCCAUUAUGCAUGUGGAAAUGGUUGCAACAGUUUAUAACCUAACUGUAAUGCUUUAAAAGUCUUCACAAAGUUGUAAGUUACAGUGCACAGCAUAGUUUGCUGUGGACCGUUCGUUACUUUCAUAAACUGUUCAAGCACAGCCAAUUCUGUAAAUCACAUUAUUUUCAAAAUGUCAAAAUAGAAAAAGCUGGUUUCUCAAUCUCAUGCCUGGAAAGUAAAUCCUAAAAAAUCAGUCUUGCCAAUAGUAAUGUCUACAAAAAUAAUGUGGUUUACAGUUUUAGGUAUUUUGUGUUCACAUGUGUCGUUAUGAUAAGAUUAUGAGAACUUUGUACAAAAUAUGAAAAGAUGCCUGAUAUGAUCACUGGCUCCGUAUGUGUAAAUUGUUGAUUUGAAAGUGUUAAGCAAGAAAGUGUAUAGCAGAUUAUAAAAGUGAUUAUGAA